CAACCGCACAAAUUCACAAAAUAAAUACAUUUUCAAACCCUACACCCACUGUGGCCUCCAUCUCGUUCUGAUAGUCGUACAUACAAAUCACGUGGUCGAUUUGAGCCCAGAAAAAAUAAGGUCGUUCAAAGGAAAUGAUAGCUAUAGCAAUCAUUGUAGUAACACUGGGCAAGUCUAGUCGUCCAUUUGGCUGGUUCAGAUGGUGCUUCAGUCUCGUUCGUUCUCGCAAACGGCUUUCGGCCACAGUGCAUGUAGUGUCUGAAAAUGUAUUUAUUCUGUGAAUUUGUCCAGUUGUCAUGAAUCAUUUUUGAUUCGGGGAGACUCAGAACAGGUUAAUUGAUUAUGGGGACCACUCAGUCGACAUCGAUUUAUACUUGGAAAGAUUUAAUACGCAUGUGAAAAUGUGGUAAAUGUGGCUUACCUUUGGUCCGACACAUCAGAAGCAGUUAUUCCCCCUAACUCUCACAAGACUUCAUGUUGGUUGAUUUCAAAGUAACAUUCUGCUACUAGGUUUCACGUGGAUACAAUUUCAAAAGAGUUUAUAAAGGGUCUGUUUCUCCUUAUAUGGUUCAAUUGAACAGCUUGAAAAAACGAAAUAUGGUUCAUCCAUUUCGUUUAGGAAGUUGCAUUACGGCUUCAGAAUCCUCUCAGGCAGUACGUGGGAAAGUCUGCCAGCAACCUGUGGAUGGUUGUGGGUUUCCCCUGGGCUAUGCUCAGUUUCCUCCCACCAUAAUGCUGGCUGCCUUCGUAUAAGUGAAAUAUUCUUGAGUAUGGCGUAAAACACCGAUCAGAUAAAUAAAUAAAUAAAUACAGCUUCAGAACAGAAACUUCCUGUACAAACAGUAACAUGCUUACAAAAAUUACAAAAAAUUCUUACAGUUGCUCGUCAUUAAUAUAAGUACAGGGAAAGAGAAAUACGUUCAACUCAAAUCAGGAUAAUCCAAGAUGACAGUUAACACUAUAUAUUUGGGUCUGGGUUGCCCCGGGUGGCUAUUUUCACUCCUCUUUUUAUACUGGGCUGGCGGAAUGUUAUAAGAGAGGUUGCAUGACCUACUUUUGGUAGCCGUAUUGGAGUACUAUGGCUAUACCAGCCCAUGUUAACAGCACUCCAAUAUGGCUACCUGGCUGUUGUUCUGCCAAGGUGAUCACGUUACCAUAAACCCCUCUGUAGGCACAGUGGCAACGUAUGGUAAAGCAUGCACCAAUUCAUACCGUGUUGAAUAAGUCCUUUUUAAAUGAUGUCUGCAGUCAAAAACAGGUGUCAUCUGUGGCUCUUACCUCUCAUGCAACAAUCCCAAUCAUGAGACAGUCACCGCUGAAGCAGUAGCCAUUUUGCCUUCUGUUCUGGGUCUUGAAAAAGUUAUCAUUCCUGGAUGGUGCAUGCGGCUUAACCCAGAAAAGACAAGCCUAUUGGCAGACUUGUUUUAAAAUCGGUUGCAUUGUUGUGACUACAGGACAAGUGUGUCAUACCUGGGAUGCUGCGUGUACGGGCGAACUGAGAGGUAAGAGCCACAGUUGACACCUGUUUUGAACUGCAGACAUCGUUUAGAGAGAUGUCUCGGACACGGCAUGAAUCAGUGUAUGCUUUUACCAUUGGUUGCCACUGUGGCUAUAAUACUCCACCUGCCCAGUAUAAUGACAGGAGUUUGAAUGGCCACCUGGGGCAAGAUUUGGGGGCCUCCAUGGUUGAGGUCAUUAGAAUGCUGGCAUGGUGAAAUAACUCAGGAGCCUCUUACCAGUGUGGCCACUGUGAGUUCAAGUCCAGCUGAUGCUGGCUUCAUCUCCGGCUGUACGUGAGAAGGUCUGCCAGUAACCUGCAGAUGGUUGUGGGUUUCUCCCGGGUUCUACAUGGUUUCUUCUCACCAUAAUGCAGGCCGCCAUUGUAUGUGAAAUAUUCUUGAGUAUGGUGUAGAAACACCAAUCAAGUAAAUAAAUAUAUUUGAAUCUUGCUCUGAAUCAUGGAUGAAUAUAUCUCUGACUGGAGGUUGAGCAGCCAUGAUCACAACAUAUCUAAAUAUUUCUCAACCUACUAGUCAGUUUAGUUGGAAUUUUAACAGUCCAGUGGUCUGGGACCCUAAGCAUUGUAAAGGAGUAACUCCAGGGAGGUUAGGCUAUAGUACAAUAAUAAUAAUAUUGUCAUUUUUGUAAUCAGUUGUGUUCUGAAACUGUACUAAGUAUCCUACAGCGGUGAAUGGGAGCAAGCCAUAACUAUGUGAGAACCAGUCCCCACGGAAGUGAACAUAGUUAUCCAGGGCUAGCUCUGUAGGGCCUUGUAUAUUUUGUUUACUAUUGCAGCCCUGCCUCGACUGUUCCAUAAGCUUACUUUGAACACCUCUGUACUUCCCAUGCUAUCUUCAGUGGAUCGAUGCUAGGGCCAUUAAAAAGUGUCCGUCCAUACUUAUAGAUGUCUUAUUCGUCGUUUUCAGAUAGAUGUUGUCAUGCGUCAUCACCUAUAAUCCAAACCUGACGAAAAUUUGACAAAUUCCAGAUCCUAUCAACAUUCUUGAACUGAGACUGAUCAUACAGAAAGCCCAUGUGUGUCAAACUUGUCUGGUAGCAGGGUAUUCAUUAUCUUUUGGACAUUUUAAUUGGAGUUGGAAUUUGUCAAAAUUCGGCCAGUUUUGGGGACAUAUGGAUUCAGUGAUGACAGAAUAGGACAUCUACUCCGAAUUGACAGCUAGGGCAUCUUUGAGUACAGCUAGACACUUUUUAUGGCCCCAAUUGAUCUGUUGGGGUUAGCACUUGAAGAGCAGAGGUGUUCAAGUUUAUGAACAAGACAGAGUUGUCAUACUAAUAGUACAUGUAUACGGAAUCACUGCCCAGUAGAGCCAGUUUGUAUCAUGAUACACUAUCAUGCGUUCCAACAAUAUUGCUUAAAAUUUGAAUUUGGUUUUGAACAUGUAAGUUUCAGUUAACCUCUAUUCCUUCACUAUCUUCAGCAAAUUCUUGCAAAUCAAAAAUGCCUUUUCUUUUUCUGCAUAUAGAGAUCAUCUAACAGUAUGAAUAAAACCCUUGCUUUAUGCCUGCUACAUGCAUCUUCAUACACCUAUCAUUUUAGAGACCCCGAAGCGUCCAUGACUGAGGGGGUUAGUACGCCAGCGCGGGGCAAUGACCCAGGAGCCUCUCACCAAUGCAGUCGCUGUGAGGUCAAGUCUAGUUCAUUCUGACUUCCUCUCCAGCCAAACGUGAGAAGGUCUGUCUGCAACCUGCGGUUAGUCGUGGGUUUCCCAGAGCCUGGUUUCCUCCCACCAUAAUGCCGGCCGCUGGUGUGUAAGUGAAAUAUUCUUGAGUAGCGUGUAAAGCACUAAUUAAAUAAAUAAAUAAAGAAAUGGUAGACCGCAAAGACCUUGGAAUUUGCUGUUUUACUUCGUCUGCUCCACAGCUAAUUCAGCAAGAUAAAUGAUCUCCCUCCUGAGUUAACAUUCUGACAUCUACCAACGGAAUGAAUGUCAGAAAUAUAAAAUGUGGAUGUAGUACAUUUAACGUUGUUGAAUUACUUCAGAGCAACAUAGGUCCAAAACACAAUGCUGAAUAAUAAAGACUCGUAAUGCAUGUUGCAGACACAGGUAAAUUGAUUUUCGCUUGAAAAUACUUUUAGGAUUGAAUUAUUACACCUACAUGUACAUAUGGUACAGGAGCUGUAUAAUUUCAUUAUACAUGUACUAGAGGUGGAUAUCAACAGUAACUAGUGCGGUUGACAACCUUAAUAAAAACAGAAUCUUUAUCUGAUCCGUUCAGUAUCACCGAGGCCCAGCAGUGACCAGCACUAUCACUAAACAUUACCUGGAAUGUUUUAAAGCAGUUUUCACACAGUGCUGAGAAUGGAACUUUUACAAUCCAUUGAUGUUGUUUCCCUAUUUCCUCAGCAUCCAAAUAUAGGUUUCUAUCUCAUGUCACCAUGAACCAUUUUAAUGUGUCUUAAGGCAGAGUAAGUGUAAAAAGAUAUGGGGAAACUGUGGCCGGGGUGGUGCAAUGGCCCUGGAGCCUCUAACCCUUGUGGUCGCUAUGAGUUCAAGACCAGCUCAUGCUAGUUUCCUCUCUGGCUGCACCUGAGAAGGCAUACCAGCAAUUUGCAGAUGGUCGUGGGUAUCCCCUGGGCUCUGCCUUGCUUCCUGCCACCAUAAUGUUGACUGCCAUCAUGAAGUAGUCCUGAAUACGGCAUGAAACGCCAAUCAAAUACAGUAAGUAAAAAGAUAAAGUCUACUUGACGAAUCUUGUAGUUCUAAGGGAGAUAACUGCAGGAUAUCAUUGAACAUAGUGUUCUACAGGUUUGACCCAUAUACCUUACAUAUAAAAUACUUGAGUCGCUUAGUUAUCUUAUAAACCUUCAUUAUGCUGUGGGGUACAUUUCUGUGUAUUUUGUACAAUGCUGUGUUUGACUCCUUUGUGUUUAUGAUCAUCUCCUUGAUGUUAGUAGACUUAACUGUGUCAACUGCUAGUAUAAGUUUCAGCGGCCCCCAUACUUUCAAACCCUCUUGAUGUCAUUCCAGCAGAGCUGCAUUACUCCACAUCAUAUAUUCUGCCUCAGGGUGAUUCAGAUCACACGAUGAAUGUUUUCACUUCACAUGAGGUAGACUUUAUGAAAAUUGAUGGAGGAUUUUGUUUUUGACGUCAGCUAUAGAGAUUAAAUAGUGUCCAAGUUAUUGGUAAAUCCUUUAAACCACACUGCUAGCUGUGUUCCAGAGGAAAUUUUACGUAGCAGUGUAACUUUUUUACUAGAAUUCUGCCCAUGGUAAAUGACAUAAUUUCACAUAUGACAGUUGCACAUUCUGCCUGAUUUUGAGAAUUCUAUUGAUCUAAUAGGUGUUUCGUUUGGAAUGAAAGUUAAUAUCCUUUCUGCCCCCAAAAAUAAUACUUUUUUCCUCUGAAUAUGAAAUUUUUGGGGUGAAAUUUAGACUUGGAACUUCAGUCCAGUCUUUGUUUUCAGUUUCUUAUAUUUCUUUCAUUUUCUAAAAAUGCAUGCAGUAGUGUUCUUUAGGAGCAUAGUGGGUUUGACCUUCCUACAUGUGUUAAAGCCGGCAGCGGGCAGUUCUUAUUACAUUGAAUAUACAUGUAACAUAACUUGUAUGAUGUAUGCUCAUACAUGUAUAUACAGAGACGGAAUAUACUAACAUGGAAGGGCCACUAUUUGUAAUUUAUUAAACAACUGGUAUAUGUUUCCUUUAUUCUGUACGGUACCUCUUGCAAGGAAAAAAUUAAAAUCACAUCACAAAGUUUAUGAAUUUGAAUAGAUCACAAAUUGAAUGUCCUGUGCAACUCAUAAUUUAUUUUAACAGUUUUAGGUGCUUGAAAGAGAAGGCUUUGUCAGUUUUGAAAAUUGUUAUGUGAAACAUUUGCAACGACGCACCUAAUUCUUCAAAAUUAUUCAGCGUCAUUUCUGUGAACAGCUACCGGCCCUGAUAGUAUAGUUGGUAGAGCAUCCACUUCGGGAGCACUAGAUCGAGGGUCAAUCCUGGGUCAAUCACACCUAAGACCUUAAACGAGGAAGUUGUAUCUUCCUCGCUUGGCGUUCAGCAUGAAGGGGAUAGGCAACGACUGGUUGACUUGUAUCAGUAUAAUGGCUCGGGCAAGGCGGCUUGCUUGUCUUCGGUAAGUCGUCUCAUUGAAGCAGCACCAGAUAAAAAUCCUCAAAGGAUUCCUUCAUCGUCAUAUGACUGAAAAAUUGUUAAGUACGAAGUUAAAUCCUUAUCACUCACUCACUCUAGGAGCAACUAACAAGGUAAACAACAUAAACUUUUAUGUUCAAAAAAGUGCUUCUUUAGGGGCAAAUAAAUUAGGAGAUAUCCUCUCACCAAGCAAACAAACUUUAAAACACUUGGUUGAUGUCAGCAUUUUAUGUAAAGCCACUCUUUUAUGAAAAAAAUAUUGUCUGACAAACUUGGACCUAAAUAAAGGUCUCAGCGGAUGUCACUCGCUGACUUGGAUGUGCAAGUAACAAUAAUUUCCAAGACCAGACAAUCAAAUUUGAACUUUUAAUGUCAACAAUCCAUACAGACAGUAUUUGCUAGCCUUUCUGAUUAUCAUGUAACAAAUCAAUGUGCAGGGUACAAGAAGAUAAAGUCUAUGAUGUUUCAGCUUGAUUUCAGCUCUUGACUAUUCUGUGUAUAGCGCAUGUGUAUGUUGAAUCAAGCUGGACUGACUGACUGAUUUAGAAGGAGUGAGUGAUCUUUACAGUAGAACAGAGCUGUGUCGGUCACAAAGUAAAUUAUCAAAAAAACAGGUUACAGUUUGAAAAGUUAUAAAAUACUCUUGGUAUCAAUAGUCCUGCUCUGAAUUAACUCCUUUGUUAAACAACAGUGACUGUGAUGUGAUGUAAGGUUAGCUUUUGAAGCGUGAAACUACAAAGUGGGACAUUGCCUAUUAUAGCAUGCAUGUCUGUUAUAGUAUGUAGGCUAUGCCACAACAGUGACAAAUAUUUUGUAGGCAACAGGAUAUAAUAAAACAUGAUAUCAACCUUGAGAGUGGCAGAAAUGUCAAGAAAUCGUAAAUGAAGUUGGGUUUUCAGCUUAGAGUUUGCUGAAAUUGUUUAUUGUAUUUAAUUAGCGUAAGGAUUUUAAAAUUACCUCCAAAUGGAUUUUAAAAAAUGCGUAACGUUUAUCCUGGGUUUUCCAAAUAAGUUUUAAAAAUUAAAAUCUGCCUUAAAGCUAGGUCAUCAGCCAGCUAAUGCUGCUUUAACUCGAAAACUUGGUAGCCAUUUUCUGAGGUCCCACCUAACCAUAGCUUACUCCUAAAAACAAACCUUUCAAACGAGAGUGACCACAGCGGAGGUAACUUGGUGUGGCCCCAUUAGAAUGGUACAGCUCACCAUCUGGCUCCAGCAUUGCAAGAUGUUAUUUAUUGUUAUAUUUCUUUUUUCCUUGUUAAAAUAGUCUGACCUGCAGUCAGUCGAUAUACAUUGGUUCCCCUACGGGUUUGGGCUAUAGGGUAGGUCGAGUUUUAAGCCAUAUGUAUUUUUGACAAAUUACGGCAGUUUUUAUCCUGUCUUUGAACCUCAACAGUUUUGCACAUGUUUUUUAAAAGAUCAUCACAUUGAAAUGAAACUUGAAUGGUAAUUCAAACAUUGUACUUAUUUAUGUCAUGUGGGAUAUCAAAAUUUGUACCAUUGUUGUUACAUCAGUUGUACAUAGAUAUAUUAUGGAAUAGAUUUCUACACCUAUAUGUGGAGCAUGUUGUGCUCUUGUACUGGUAGUGUGUGUUAUGUAUUGUGAGUGUACAGGUAAGCAUUGCAAGGUAGCCAAUUAGUGUACUUUAAUGACAUGAAAAACAACACAUAAUCUUUCAAGUACAUGCACGACAACAUGCAUUCUACAUAAUACAUAUUAAACAAUGUAUAUAGUUUAUGUCAGGCAUCUAAGGCUCAUUUGAAAUGCGUAUGCCAUGCCAUUCACAGGUGACUCUUCAAUGAGUAUGGUACUUUUUUUGUUCUUGGAGCUGACUAGAUGUGAUUGUUUGGUAAAAUUUUACAGUGAUAGCUUUUUAACAAUGAACAUGAUUUUCCAAAGAUCUAAUACUCAUGUACACUAACACUUAUACUUCAUGAAGAGGUCUUAAGUUGUUAAAACAUAUUAUAGCAAAAAGGCCACAGCAGAGGAUCAGUAGAGGAAACUCUGGCAGUGUGUACUUUGCUCUGUAUGCAAUCUUCACUUGGCAGUCUUCACCAUCAUUCCCUCAUAUCUCAUGUGUAUCCAUCAUAAUUGUGAUCUGCUCAGCGUGCAGUGUCAUCACAUGUCACUUUUCUUGUUUGUACAUGUUCCUCAUGGUUAGCUUCAGUUUCAUACUGUCUUUCUUAUGGAUGAAGCUCUCAGCUGCCUCUCACAUCUGGGACUAACAUAACACAAUCUGUUGUAUUAGUCCCAGAUGACAUGCACUGACAUGUAUGCAUAUACUUUCAGGUACAUGUAUUACUGUUGCAGGUAUAUUUUUUAUUGCUUGUUCAGUUUUUAAUCUGAUUCAUUGUUAUUGCUACAUACUGCUUCUUUUGUGUAUGGUUAUUAAUCAUUAUUGCUGUCUGAUCUUUAAGAUGUAAUGAUCGAGUUACCAGGGUCACAUACAGUCAAUUUUUCAUACCCAUACUGUAUGCUCAAACCAAGCCAAAGAUGAGAUGAGUACAAAAAUGUUAAUUUUGAUUAUUUUGAGGUUGAAAAUGUGUAAUAUUCCUUUUCCCUCAGUCAUUGUCCUUGUUACUAAGUGUCAUAUUUAGCCCAGUAUGUCACAUGUUACACCACUUGUUUUGAUUUAGCCCAUAUUAUAGAACUUAAAAAGGCACCCAUGUUUACAGACUGAAUGUGACCCUGAUUUAUGAUUGUGUCAGAUAUUCAUUUACAGGCAAACUGUAUCAUGAGAGAGAUUCAUAGAACUAGACAACAUCUUUUCACACCUGUCUGGAUAGGGGAAUUGCAGUUGGUGACAACCACCAGUUAUGCUUUUUCCAUCUGUUAUUUACACAUCACGCUAUAAUCCACGGAAUGAAGAAGUCUUCAAACAUUAAUACACUUUAAAGCUUUCCUCUCGGGACAUGUUUUACAUUUUACAUUUGCUGUGACUGCAGUUUAUUAACUACAGAAUUCUGUUCAUUGCCUCUGAUCUAAGUUUUUCAGUUCAUUGAAAAUUCCUUGAGUGCUAUAGCCAAUAGUAACACUGCAACUGAUUUUGUUGACAGAUCUGAGGAUGGUUUAUCUCCCUUGUUGUGAAUGUCGUCAGCUUUGGGCUUGUUUAAGUGGAGAGGGAGGCUGUUACAGAGAUCCUGUGAGCAAAUAAAUGUACACUUGAUGGCAAACCCUGUCAUGGGCGUCUCAUCCAACUGGCACCAUGUGACUCCCAGACCAGCGUCCGUGGUACACUCUCGAAUGAUGGCCACCAUUUUACCUGGUCACGAAAAAAGGUUCCGAGCUGCACUCACUGUGGGCCGAAGUGGAGGCACAUUGAUAACACACAUUGGCAGUGUCACCUGAAAUGUGAACACACAUGUGAAUGAUGGUGCAGCAGAAAUGGAUCAUGUUUCAAGAUACCAGAUUCACUACUGUUCAGAUGAUGAGGUUUUGCCCUACCAAAGCAGAUUUCUGCUCGACGUGCCUGGUUUUAUUAUGAGCAGAAGAAUACACUUCCAGGCCACUACUUAAAACCAGUUUACACAUGGAAUUUUUUUUGAAAGUUGAGUAUGUGUUAAAUAACAUUAAUGGAUUGUGAUGUUCCUAUUUAUUUGCAUACACAAUUUUUCGUUACUUAAUAUUGCACUGCCUUGGAUCUUUAGCGGUAUACUCCAGAUAUAUGAAGUCAGCCAGUAGAAGGGUUGUGGAGAAAAUUGUAGGACAAAUGUACAUAGAGGAGGACAGACAGACAAACAGAUACAAGCAGAGAAUGAUGUAUGUAGAAUGGAGAAAAAUGUGUAUUCUGUAAGACGGAUCAAAAACUAGAGACCUCAUGUUCUCUAGUAACAAAUGGUGUUGGUGAAGAAAAUGGUCCUCCCAACGUUGUUGAAUAGGAAAAUGCCUAUUUUUAAAUUGCUGUUAGCAAUCUUGUAAUCGUUGGAUUUUUGCAAUUUUCAGCUUAGUUCUGCAAAACUUUUGUGAUGCUAUUUUGUACAACUAGGCCUUACUGGUCACUAACAAAGUGGCAAAAAGUGACCUUUUCCCCAAUGCUUUAACAUUGUGGAGCCAUUUUAUUUUCGACACAAAAGGGUGGUCACAUGACCUCCAACUCCUGUCCCGUCUUACAAAAUAUUUUUGUACCUUGCUUGCCUUUCAUUAGUUUGGGUAUGUGAACAUGUACAUAAUGUAGGCCUUGUACGGAUAUCAGCUCAGAUGCUACGCCUCUAUGUUACUGGUUCUGUUGUGUAGCUUAUCAGCCUGACAUUUACAUGUGUAUCAGUGGUGUUAACAUAUCUCUGGCAUGGAAGAUUCAAGCAAUACUGCAUGUGCCAUUGGAAAGGAUUAAGAAAGAUUUAAGGUGCUGAGUGCCAAAUAGCUUGCAUAUAUGUUACUCACAUGAUUAAAUAAAACAACGUUCAGAUACAUCUAAGGCCCCUUUGUCACAGAUUCCAGAGACAUUCUCAGACUCUGUUCUUUAGAUCAGUGAUUACCAUAAACCAUUAUGAACUAUUUAAUAGCAAACCAGGGAGUUGUUGUGCAAUCAUGGUCAUUUGGUUUGUCUUUUCAUCAUUAAGAUACACUAUUGGCUUUUUUCAGCUAGACAGAGCAUGUGACUCGCAAAUUCCCGUUUACAGCAGUGCUCCAACAUUACAAAUCCCGCAUGAUAAUGUGUGAAAAGCAGGUAGUACACUUACCUCCUGUUUAUCUGUUUGUCUUUCUGUUCGUUGAUGGUAGUUGGUUGCUUUCAUAGUGACACUUUUGUCCCUCUGUUUGCUUCUUUUAAAUCUGAAAUCAGCACGACAUAAUCUGGUGAGAGCAGUUUCUCAUUAGCUGUUAAUGGUACUAAUCUGAAAAUCUUUUCCAGGCCAUGUCUGAAACUCUGGUCACAAUAACUUUGGUAAGUAUUGAUGUACAAGGUAGUUUACUGUUACAUUUCUUUGUAACAGUAUUUGUGUGUGUAUGCUGUCUUCUGUAAACAUGCAAGAAAAACAUUUUGAUCAAAGAUUAAAUAUAUUUCAUGUACAUUUUUUUCUCAUGAUUUUUGUUCUUUUACUGUGCAAGUUUAUGGAAAGAUUGAAGGCUCUGAUUUGGUACAUGUACAUCAGUUUGGAAGGUUUGUGUAUAUGAAACUCUUUCAGUAUUAUAUGUCUAGAUAUGUCAACUGAUGUUGAAGUCUGUAGCUGUGUAGGGCUUGCUGAGAUUACCUGUGUGUAACAAACGCGUGAUAUAUAGUGCAUGUGUAUGUGAGCUCCAUCAUGGAGCAUGUAGGCUCCUGGGCAGAGCAAGACGAAGACCCUAUAGGGACCUAAUCACAGGACUACAGCUAAUAACCUUAAACCAACUUGGGAUACUCAGCCUUGAGCCCGGAUUACCAAUCUUAUUUAGAGAUUAUAUAUUGCAUUAGACGCAAAUCCCCAUUCCUAAUCCCUGUUGUGCCUUCAUUUUCAGCUGUCAACAACAGAGAUAUUCCUAAAACCUGGAAUGAUAAUCCUUGUAUAAGUUCAAUCUCCAUAUAAGAUUUUUGCUCCAUUUUUUUUUUUCCAUCUUCCUUUUUGGACGAAUGAACAGAUUGUUAUUCACCUAGCCAAUUUAAACCAACAGAUAUCCAUUUUACAGUGGGUGUAUGGCUGGAGAAAAAUAUCAAAAUACCUGAAUGUUUGAAAUUUUACUUGAUCAGCUUUUAUACCAUUACAGAAUGUGUUUAAUGUAACUGCAUGCACAUAAAGUUAAAAUUUUUAUACAGUUCAUUUCCCAGUGAUCAUAUGCAAUAUAUACAUGUAGGCAUAUGUAUUAAAAUAUUUCAUGGCAAUGUACUGGCUGCAGAAAGUAGGAACUUCAAAUUUUUUUCCCUCGGGAGAGGAGAAAUCUGAUGCUGUUAAAUUGUAUAGUGAAUAAUGUUGAAAGCAACAUUAAACCUCAAUUGUAGAACAGGAUACUUAGGUACGUUGACAGCCAGAUUGAAACUGGUCAUAAGGACUGUUUUGAGACUUGUGGGUUAGCGGGCUAGGUUCUGCUUCAGGAUUGAUUGUUAUAAAAUUGCCAGAGGCUUUGAUUUCUUUUGAAAACUAAGGCUUUAGUGCCUUACAUUAGUAGUCAAACCGUGCUGAUAUGUCAGUUUGAUUAUGAGUAAAAGUCAUUUCUCAGGGACAAAAAUAUAUCAUCUGUCAAGUCACAAAGUCCAUAAAAUAGCAUCUGCAGAAGGAGAAGCUAGGUUUGAGUGAUCAAAGAUAGGCGUCCUCAAAUCUGGCAUAUUCUAGCUGGGUCAUAUCCUAUUAGUGAUGCUUGCCACACAACUAAUGGAUGGCUGGAUUCCAAAAGAGCAUUGAUUAUGUCUUAUUAGUUCCUUGAAUCUCUGGGUGUCUUGAUGGCUCCCAUUCUGUCGGACUGUGUUCCUCUCUCAGACAAUGCGUACAAUUAAAUCAUUUCUGCUGUGAUAAUGUGUGAAGGUUGAGUAGGAUCCGCUGUGUAAGGGUUUGAGGGGAUUCCAAACCACAGACGCUUGGAAGCACUCUCUUGAGCCCGGGGAGAAAAAACAUCGAUCUUUGUGGCUGGGAAAAACUGCUGGCAUCUAUAUAAUAAUAAGUAAUGCUUCUGUCUCCUUGGUGGAAAGCCCUUUGUCCGGGGCAUCUUGAAGACAAUGGAGCAGACCUGUCUACAAAAUGGAUGAGUGAAGAAGGCUGGGGCUGGUGAAGGGCUCUGUAGGCAGCUCUGGAUUCAUCACCUACUCAUUGCUGUCAUUGAUUUGUCAAGAUUUGUCACAAAGACUGGCACUGAUCUGAUUGGGUUUAUUUCCUGGGUUGCUGCAUGCAUGGAGUUGCUGGAAAAUCUCAUUAGAUCAACCGUCUUGUAUUGCCAGCUGUUGUUCAGGUGUCAUCAACAAGGCUCGCUUUUCUUGGCAGCGCGUCAAAAGAUUAACAAUGCCAGCGACAAGACGCUGGCAUCAUUAUCACUGGACUCAGAUCUCCGCAGUUUGCUGAACUGGAAAAGAUAAAAAAAAAACCACACACACACCCUGGGUGGCAAUUGAGGUCCUGAUGGAGGGCUAUUUGGGAGCUGUGUUAAAGAAUACUGUGGAUGCAGAGGGCUAUUUGGUAGUGUGAUAAUUUGAUCUGUUGCCGAUAACAGGGAACAUUUGUAGCUGUUCCACGAGGAGGCCUAUCCAUGACAAUAGCACCUGGUUCACAGCCAUUGACGAGACUUGUGGGACUAAAUGCAGGGAUUACGCUCAUCUUAGCCACUAAAUUGGAUGGAAAUUGGAUGCUAACAGCUUUUGAAGCAGUCACUGUGCGUAUGCUGUAUUCAGAAUCAGCUUGAAACUUUCCAAGCAUCCCAUGGUGGACAUUUGAGCAACCAACGGUUUGGAUAUAAUCCCAUAAUAUAUAUCAUCAGCUGUCAUUCUUCAUAUAAGAGUUUUCGCGGUGGCAGUUCCUAGUGGCCACGAUGCCGAGUGGACAGGGACGAUACUCGCCAGCUUCAGUGCGAGAGGAUUGUAAUGGUGGCACAGAGCUUUUACAAAAAGGCCAUGUGCACAGUCACAAUGAGAGCACAGAAACAGAUGCCUCCACAGAGACCCAAAGAAACUGUGAGAAAAGGCAGCAGGCAGACAAAGUGCAUUACAGCAUUUUUAAGAAACCCUGCAGUGGCCGUCGAUGGACGAGUUUUGAAAAGUAUUUGUGCUCUGUGUGUGUUUUGUUACUUCUGGCGUGUGUAGCCUUCAUCGUCAUUGCCUUCACUCGAGACCAGCCACAGCAAUGCAGCCCAGGUAACUCAAAUGUGUGUAAGACAGCGAAUUGCAUUAAAACAGCUGCCCAGCUGAUGGAUUCCAUGGACAUGGCAGCUGACCCAUGCGAGGACUUUUUCCAGUACGCUUGUGGGACGUGGAACAAGAAAUAUGUUAUACCAGAAGACAAGGCUACAUUUAACACAUUUGAGAAGCUUCAUGAUGACUUGCAAGUCAUUCUUAAAGAUUUACUGGAGGAACCGUCUAGGCGAGAUGAACCAAAUGCUAUCCAUCAGGCCAAGGUUUUAUAUAGAUCUUGCAUGAAUACAACUCAGAUCCAGGAGAUUGGUGAUGGUCCCUUCAGGAAGGUGCUAGAAGAUCUGGGGUCCUGGCCAAUUGUGGCCCCAAGGUGGGAUGGACGCAGUUUUGUACUGGAGGAUACGCUGGCCAAGUUGCGCAGCAAGUAUAACACACAGGUGCUAGUUAAGACUGUUGUGGGCCCAGAUGAUAAAAACUCUUCGGUCAAUAUCAUUCAGUUAGAUCAGCCUGAACUGGGCAUGCCCAGUCGGGAGUACUACCAUGACCCGGAGUCAAAAGUUGUCAAGUCCUACCUCAGGUUCAUUGUAAAGGUGGCAUUGGUCCUUGGUGCAGACCCGGACCAGGCAGAGACAGACGCUCGUGAUGUAGUGUGCUUUGAAACUGAACUGGCCAAUGUAACAAAGCCAAGGGCUGAUCGACAUGAUACAGGUGCCAUGUAUCAGAAAAUGACCAUUGGAGACCUGGAAGCAUUAAUCCCAGGGUUUGACUGGCUACGGUAUCUACAAGGGGUUAUUCCCAUACAUAUUGCCAGGGAUGAGGAAAUUGUUCUGUUUGCUCCAGAGUAUCUCUCAUUAAUGGUGAAUCUUGUGAAGAAGACAGAAACUCGAGUAGUGGUGAACUAUAUCAUCUGGAGAAUAGUGAUGGACUUCACAGAGAAAUUGACCACAGAGUACAGUCAGCUGAGGAAUGAGUACAGGAAGAUACUGCAGGGUGUAUCGCGAGACAAGGUGAAGUGGCAGCAGUGUGUGGAGUAUGUCAAUGAAAAGAUGGGAAUGGCUGUCGGGGCCAUGUUCAUCAAAGACCACUUCAAGAAGGAGAGCAAGGACACAGCCCUGGAGAUGAUCCAUAACUUGCGAGAAGCGUUUGAUGAGUUGUUACUGGACAAUGAUUGGAUGGAUGACGAGACACGUGCUGUUGCCAGAGAAAAGGCAUAUGCUAUGAAUGAAAGGAUUGGAUACCCAGAGUUUAUCCUCGACAGAGAUGAGCUUGAUGAGCUGUAUGAACAGCUGGACCUUGAUGAGAGGUACUUCUUGGAGAAUGUCCUGACGGUAGAGGAAUUUGAUGCACAGUUUAUGCUUAAGAAACUACGACAGCAGAUUAGGAAAGACAAAUGGCUUCAGGACCCUGCUGUGGUGAAUGCUUUCUACAAUCCGAAUACAAAUGAUAUUGUGUUUCCAGCAGGAAUUUUACAGCCUCUUUUCUACAGCAGACAUUUUCCACAAUCCUUGAAUUAUGGUGGAAUAGGUGUGGUCAUUGGUCAUGAAAUCACUCAUGGUUUUGAUGACAAAGGUCGACAGUAUGACCAAGAUGGUAACCUCAAGCAGUGGUGGAAAAAUGAGACAAUUGCUGCUUUCCAAGAACGGGCUCAGUGUAUGAUUGACCAGUACUCCAGCUACGUACUGGACCAGAUUGACAUGAAUAUUGAUGGAAAGAACACACAAGGAGAGAAUAUUGCUGACAACGGUGGACUAAAGCAGUCUUACAAGGCUUACAGAAAGUGGGUGGAACGAAAUGGUGAAGAACCCUUGUUACCUGGGAUAGGUCUCAACCAUAACCAGCUGUUCUUCCUAAAUUAUGCACAGAUUUGGUGUGGCACAAUGAGAGAUGAAGAGGCUCUUCAGAAAAUCAGGAUUGCUGUGCACAGCCCAGGACCUAUCAGAGUCCUGGGCCCGCUGUCAAACUCUAAGGAUUUUUCAGAAGCUUAUGGUUGCCCUCUUGGGAGUAGGAUGAAUCCGAAGCACAAGUGUUCUGUCUGGUGAUCAGUGUGAAGGAAAAUAUUACCAUGACGUUUGAGGAGUAGUUACAAUGUGCCUGGACAUUUCCAUUGAAAUCUGCAUCGUUACAACUGUACUUUAUCUCCCAACAUUAUAGCACGCCUCAUUUGUUGUAUCGUUUUACCACCAUUUCUGUUUAUAUUCCGUUAGUGAUCGUGACUCUUUUUCAUGCAGUUGUGAAGAAUGGCACAUUUUGACCAAGUCAGUGCUAAGGUUGUAGUUCUCUUCCACUAUGUUCUUGAUUGAUAGAUUGAUUGUGGUUGUGAAGAAUGGCACAUUUUGGCCAGGUUAGAGUGAAGGUUGUGGCUCCGUCCACAUAGCUCUAGACUGGUUGUGGUUGUGAAGAAUGACUUAUUUUGGCCAAGGCCGUGUAAAGAUUGUGGUUCUUUUCCAGUGUGGUCAGUUGACAGAUUUAUUGUCAGUGGUAGUGAAGAAUGGCUAAUUUGCCCAGGUUACAGUAAAGGUUGUGGCUUCUGUCCACAGAGCUCUAGACUGGUUGUGGUUAUGAAGAAGGAUUCAUUUUGGCCAAGUCAGUGUAAAGAUUGUGGCUCUUGUCCAGAGCUCUAGAUUGAUUGUGGUUGUGAAGAAUGACUCAUUUUGGCCAGUUCAGUGUAAAGAUUGUAGCUCUAUUGCACCAUGCUACAGAUUGACAGAUUGAUUUUGGUUGUGAAGAACGGUUUACAUUAGGGGAGUUAGAGUAAAUGUUGUGGCUCUUUCUGCUGAGCUAGAACAAUGUGAGUAAAGAAGCUAAACAAACUGUAUCUGACUGUAGUAAAGCUUGUUAUUACAGUAACAAAGUUAAGCGAGAUGGGGAUUUGGCAUGAAUAAAUAUCACAUUUGAACUUCGUCAGAUUUAAUCUCCAGAGAUAAAUCACCACUUAGCCAUUAACCAUACAUCCAUGUCAGUGUAUAUAGAGCAGAGGAAUCAUUUUUAUAUUAGUGGGUAUUGGAUCAUUGUCAUUAUUUUACAUAUCUGUUUGAUUCCUCUUCGGUGGUAUGUGGGGAAAGUCUGCCAGCAACCUGUGGAUGAUCAUGGGUUUCUCCCUAGCUCUCCUCAAUUUCCUCCCACCAUAAUGCUGGCCGCCUUUGUGUAAGGAGAAUAUUCUUGAGUAUUUCAAAAGCACCAAUCAAAUAAAUCAGAAACUUUUUUUAUUUUUCUUCCUGAAACCAAAAGACUCAUAGAAUCAAAUCUUUGGUUGAUUACCUCCACCAGUCUUGACACCAGUGAUUUGCACUUCGUGGUUUAAGUUUCGUAAAUAGCCAUUCAUGAAUAGGAGGACUCACUAAUAUCUAAAAAUGGUGCAAAGAAAGUGAGAGAAAAGAAUGCUGAUGGAUUCUGUGAAUUAAGUCUGUAGUAAUAUAACAUUUGGUUACUUAUCCUCAAAAUUUUAAGAUUGCUUUGUAGCCUAAACGAUAUCUUUCUUUUUUUUCACAACAAAAAUGUAAAUGUAUUCAAACUGUGCAGUAUUCUCCAUUUAUUCUCAACAUUCAGCAAAACAGAGCAAAAUUUUUCCAACAAUUUUUCUGGUACAGCUGAAAUUUACAACUCUCUCAUUAUAGUUUUGUAUUGCAUGAAUAAUGCCAUUAAAAAAUACGUUGCCAUGUUAGUUCAGUGGGUUUGAACAAAACAGUCCCAAGGUAAUAGGUCUUCAACCUGCUUCAUGUAAUCUGUCAGAGUAACACAGGAAAAGAUGAUACGAACCUUCAUGGUUAUAUGAAUGUGUUAAAUCAUUACAUUAUCUGGGCCCUGUAUAAGUGUUAUACAACAUAUCCAAAAUAGAGUCAUUACAGGUGCUGAAGUAAGGGUGUCCACAUUUAUUUGACAUCAUAAUUGAGCAAUCAGUAUUAUGUAUCAUUUAUGUGUCAUUAGUCACACACAUGGGCUGAUAGUUCUAAAUUCAGAUCUUUGUUUCAUAUCAACGAAUAUGCCAGUUCCUAUCUACCCAGGGUCCUGUUGUUUUAGCAGGUUGCCUGGAAAUGUAUUAGAACAGAUAUGUACUUGUUUGAGCAAUCAAAGAUGCAUAUAGUAUUGAUUGUACCUAUAAUGAUAGAGAUACAUAUAAGGAUCUAUACCUCCAUAAUAUACAUGUAACAGAAACAAUAUGUAAGCUGCUCCUGUUGUGUUCAAUAUAUUAAUUGUGUCCUAGAUACUGAGCAAGGACGGCAUAGUGUUGCCAUUCAGUCCAGGACUGGUUAUUAAUAUCUACAUCAAUUCUAAGAUCUGUGACAUUUUUAUAUGACAUGGUUGUGUUUUAAAUUAACAUUAUGUAACAAUUUUUAACUGGUUGUGAAUCGAUGGUUGUGAUUGGCCCCUCUGUAAAUGGUUUUAUUGACUUCUUGUUAUAUCCAUUGUGAUAUGCUGUUUCUGUCAGCAGUUGUCAUUGAUUGCUGACAAGGCUUUCAGUAUAGUUUGUUCUUUGGUCUCACUCUCUUGUAUAAUCAUAUUUAUACACAUAUAUUUGGCUGUGUUCCCCAAAGUUGUGACUAACUGUUGUGAUGGUUCUUGUUCUGGUCAUUGCCAUUGUUGAUCUCCAUUGUAAUGGGAAUGGUGAUGAUCUUGUAUUUUGGUAAUGACAUUUUUGAGAACGUAAUAUUAUAGCAUACAAAGGUUAAUAAUGAUACAUCUACUGUGAAAAAAUAUGUACAACUUGAAAAUAGUAUAUUUGUUUCAUUUGACCAAAGGAGAUGUGUUUGUUACUAUUUAUCCAGUGAUCUAUUAUUCCUUUAACUCAAACUGUGUUUAAGGCACCCCAUGUAGUCAGAGCAUAUGGCAGCAUCUAUGUUAAUGAAUAUUUAUCAUCACUUAUCCAUUGUGAGCUCAAUGGGACCAAAUCUUUCACUCUCUUGUAAUGUUUAGCCUUUUUAAUGAUGUGUUUUUAACCUUAGUACCAUUACUUGAAAAUAUUUGAAAUAUGUUAUAUUGUGCUUUAGACUUUGUGCUACUGUAUACAGCAUUUACAUGUAUUUGCAUGAUAUUACCAGUAUUAUACAUGUGUGUAGUUGAACUGUACAUGAUGCCAGUACACCCAGAGAAAAUCAAAGCUUAAAACAUUAAUGAAUUGUCAUAGUACUGAGUAUAUCACAUCUAAGUACGAAUGUACCGAUAGCAUUGGUAUAUAUUGUUGCUAAGGAGCCGUGGAUGUACAUUGACAUAAAAGCUGUAUUAAUUUAUGUUUCUUCCUUGCCUGGUUUAUUACUAAAACAUUAAUAAUAUAUACCUGAAAUGCUACACCUUAAACUGUUAACGAAUCCGUCUUGGAAUGAUCCAUAAAUCAGUUACACUAUAAUCACUUGAUAUGAAUUUCACACAACAAAAUAUGUACUGUACUUAGCUGGGCCUUCUGACAUCCAUUGUACUGCAAAAGGAACUAUUGAUACAGCUCCAAGAAAGCAUUCCAUUCUUCUCAAACACUACCACUGGUAGCGUGUCUGUAUGGUAAUACACAAGUGUUAAUAAGUUAUAAAUAUGACUUAAUCAUCUUGAUGAGGUAUUUUAACUUUCAGAUUUAUUUCCUUAAGCUCAUUCUGGUGAUUGAUGUAUGUAGAAAAAUAAAAAAUGUCAACUUAAAAUGAAUUUGUCGAUUUUCAUAUGAGCACUGUACUAGUUGCAAUUUAGAUUUCUGAAGUCAUUCUUUUAAGUCAGUUUGUAGGAUGGUUUGUCUGGUGGCAUGCUUGAAAUGGGAACUUAACAGUAGGGAGAGGAAUCAAUCCUGCAGUUACAUUAACAAGUGGCAAAAUGUAUGUGUAUUGGUGGAAAAAACAAACCCUGUAACAUAUAAGCACAUAGGGUGUAAGACAUGCUGCAUUCCUUAUAUGGCCACUGAAUGAUAACGUGCAAACACGCUAUUGGUAGUGACUCAAUAAUAAUUCAAACUGUACUUGGUUGACCAUUUUGCUAUAUAGUGGUCAAUAUGUUGUAAGUUCUUAAGAACUGAAGAAAGUUGUAGAAAACUGAAUUUCAUGCACUAUUAUCAAUAUUAUAAAUAAAACCCACUGUAGAAUUUACACGUGGCAGCAUUUAAUUCAACUGAAAAAAAAUCUAAAUCUAGAAAAAGGUUUUGGGAUCAAAUCAUAUGUGACCUCCUCCUCUGUGCUAGCAUCAGAAAACCUGGAUAGAUACCUGCACAUAUAUAAGUGAAUGGUGGGCAAUGAACACUGAAUUAGAUUCCAACCCGAUGGUCUAGAGACAGAGGACUAUCUCAGUGGGACAAGGUUAUCAAUUGCGUGUUACAAUUUUUAAAAUAAUGAUAAACAAAUAUGCUGAAAUGGGCCUACUAUAAAUAAUUGGUCAUUUUUUAAGUCCCUUUGUCAUUAAGCUUCAGAAACAAUUACAUUAACUGUGGAUAUGUUUGAUCAUGGACAUGUUUAUUGUCUGAUAAAAUGUAACAAAUAGACAAACCCCAGAUGUUGAUCCAUGUCAAACUUGAGGUCAGAUUUGGUGAAGAUCAGCUUCUAAGUUCUGGAGUAUACUGCAGACAAGUUUACUGUAGAAGCCUGAUGGCAUACAGCACAAUGAUAAUAGAAAACGGUGGUUUCUGAUUCAAUUUUCGGUACCAUUCAUCUAUUGAUGCAUACUUAUUUCUUCUGUUUUCUGUACCAUUCGUCUGUUGAUGCUUACUUAUUUUUUCUGUUUUCUGUACCAUUAGUCUAUUGAUGCUUACUUAUUUCUUCUGUUUCCUGUACCAUUGGUCUGGUGAUGCUUACUUAUUUUUCUGUUUUCUGUACCGUUAAUCUGUUGAUGCUUAUUUCUUCUGUUUUCUGUGCCAAUGGUCUGUUGAUGCUAACUUGUUUCUUCUGUUUUCUUUCGAUCAUGUAUCAGUUUAUUGGUGAGCACUUAGAUGUUGCUAAACAGCUAACAGUAUUAAUGAAUACUGACAUGUAUAUUACAGGAGAAGGGAGUGUUAUUCCCCUAAAGCAUGACUCAAAAUUACCAAAACUGUAACAUUGAACUGAAAAGGUGUUCUGUAUGGAAUUUGUUGAUAGUAUCUGUUGUUAUAUACUGUUAUGUACUUGUCAAAUAUAAUUCCAACUAAACUGUAAUUUAUCACAAGA